AUCUUCUUCUAAACUAUCUCUGUAUAAAUACUCUCUCUCUCAUCGUCAGCUAAUUCUUUCUUCUUCGUCAGUUCUUCCCAAAUUUCUCAUGCGAAAUCCCCCCAGAUUUUCCCACUUUGAGAGAUCUCACUGUAUAAAAACCUCACAUCUUCUGGAACACUAGGUUUGGGAAAUGGAGGAUGAGAAAGAUGUUAAGGGAACUUCUACACGUGAGUGGGAAGUUGUGACUUUAACAGCAUCAACUUAUGCUGCUGCUCCAGGACCAGAAAGCUUAGAGUCAAGUGAUGGUAAUCAGAUGGAUGUCAAUGAUGAUGAAGAAACAUCUCGGGCAAUGUUCAUGUCUGGACAUUUUGUGUUUCCUCCAAGCCAGCACGAAAAUUUACCGUUGUUGUCUGAUGAGAAUGAGAAUGAAAAGGCUGGAUAUGAAAUGGAUGUAGGGGGUUCUGACAAAAACGAUGAAGAAAAUUGGAAUGCUAGAAGAAUGGCAGGUUCAGAUGAGUUACAUGGAAUUCAGUUUUUUGAUGAAAGCGGUAAGAGGUUAUCUGUUCGGCCGUCUGAGUUUGAGGAGGAGAGGUCUCUGCUUGGCCUAGAUUUGAAUGACAAAGAGCAGAGUAUCUAUGAUGCUUCAACCCUUAGCUCGAUUCACAAUGAAGCAGAUAUAAGCAGAUCGAAUUUAUAUGAUGAAAACUCAUCUGUUCCUGAAUCUAGUGAUCCAGUACUGUCAAACCAAGAUUCUUUGAGUCCUACAAAUGUGAACAAAUUCAAUGAAUCUGGCCUUCCUUGUGAAGCAUGGUGGAAAAGGCGCGCAGCUUCCUUGAUUGCGCAAGCAAAGGAUGCAAACGCCAUUUGGUCGGUUGUUGUUGCUGCAACUUUGAUGGGGCUUGUAAUCCUUGGACAACGGUGGCAAUCUCAGCAUGUCAAGUGGCAAACCAUUGUUGGUGAUGAGAGGAUGGCCAGGAUGUUAGGCCCCAUAUCUCGAUUAAAAGAUGUUUUUGUUAGCAGUCAUGGAUCUGGUAAUCUCAUCAAAGUAGUUCGAAAUGAUCUUUAAGACAAUGACUAAAAGAAAAAAGAGCACGGCAGGAAGUACAGAAGUAGAGAUACUUUAUAAGCUAGUUCUGCAGUUAGUGCUUUUUAUGCUAUAUUAGGAUGGAUUUGUAAUUUACUGUAUCCUAAUAAAAGCAUGGCCUAAAUUCUGUUCAUUUACUUUUAUCCAGAGAUAAUUCUUGUUUGUGGUAGUCUUUAUCUACUCACUUUGAUCAAUCUAUACAUAGUAUAUAUACAUAACCUUCUCUAUCUUCUUUGGUUCUGUAAAUGAAAAUUAUGAUUGCUAGA